AUGUCUGCAGAUACAGCAGCUGCGCGCGCAGCAUUGCAACGAGCGAUGACAGUGUCAUGCCCACGAUGCCUCACAAGCCUCAAGCUACAGAAUUUGAGGCUGCCUGAAUCAGAGUUCCCCAAAAUUUUUGGGAUAUGCAGACGAUUGGAGUUCCUCAGCUUGGAGUACUGUGACAUGGGGAUUUUGUCUUUUCUUGAAUUGGAACACCCGCAACUCAGUGAACUUGUUAUUGCUGACUGCCAUUUUGAGAUGGUUGAUCUGAAGUGGCUACCAAAGCUUACACUUCUAACAUUUUCUGGUUGGGUAGCUCUGGAUGAUCCGCUGUCUUUUGGUCAUGUCCCACUGCUCCAGAGUGUAAACAUAACUAACGUUGGUCUUUCUUGGCACAAGAUGCUCAAGUUAAGUGAAUUCCUUGGCCAAGCCACAAUAAACAAUCUGCGAUUGAACUUCAAAAGCGAAAAGAUUUGGAUUGUACCUGAAGGUCCAAGAGAAUUACGGCAGGUGUUCCACAAACUACAGAUUGCUGAGCUGACUAACAUUUCUGAAGAUUGUGAUCUGGCUUGGAUAAUGUUCAUUCUUCAUGGCGCACCUUACCUUAAGGAGCUAUGCAUAAGGAUGUGGGAUCAUUUAUGUGAAAUUGUACGGGAUGAGGUUGAGAGGAAAAAAUGUGCGUUUAGCGAGGAGAAGGACAAAGGAUUAGAAUGGGAUGCAUCUGCAUCAGAUAUCACCCACUACAACCUGGCUGUGCUCAGAAUCAUUGGGUUUCAAACAGAAGUGAAGUUCAUGCGUUUUGUCAGAAAUGUCAUGGAAGUAGCUGUGAAUCUUGAGCGCAUAUACUUGUAUAACAAGCCAGUGUGCAAAACUUGCCAACACGUGGUUCGAAAGCUAUCCAGAUACCCAGGGUCAUGGAAGCAGAAGAUUUCAAUUCGGAGAAAAAUCAAUGAGGGAAUGUGCUCAGCUGCGGAGAUUUACUUCCCGAAGAAAAUAACCUGUUAG